UCUUGUCUUACACCACCUCCACUCACUCUCUCUCUCCCUCUCUUGUUGUUUUCUCCACCUCUUGCUCUCUUCCCAAGGGGGAUGGAGACUCCGGAGGAAGCCCGGGGCUCCAACAGCAGCGACAGCAUCUCCAACGGUGAAUUGGUUCAAGCUUUGGUCAAGGGUAAGCGCACGAAACGACCGAGGAGCCAACCACCGCCGCCGGUGGUCGUCGCCGCCGACGCGUCGUCGGCCUCCUCGGCAGAGGCUGCCUCCGGGAUUGUCACGGAGGAGGAGGAGGACAUGGCCAACUGCCUCAUCCUGCUCGCCCAGGGACGCGCCCUGGAGGCGAGGCCUCCGCCGGAUCAGGCGCGGAAGGACGAUGCCGCUGGCCGCGGCGGUGGGGCCGAGAAGUUCACCAGCCGAAGGUUCGCUGAGGCGGCCACCACCACCAACGGCAAGGCUGGGUUCUACGUGUACGAGUGCAAGACGUGCAACAAGUGCUUCCCGUCGUUCCAGGCCCUCGGCGGGCACCGCACCAGCCACAAGAAGCCGAAGCUCGCCCCCCCGCCGACGACGGCCGCGGAGGAGAAGGUCGUGGUCGACGACGAUAUGCUGCAGAUAAGCAUGAAUUCGUUCUCGAAGCCUAUCGGGAGCAGCGGCCAGUCCAACACGAAGCCCAAGAUCCACGAGUGCUCCAUAUGUGGGUCGGAAUUCAGCUCCGGGCAGGCCCUCGGCGGCCACAUGAGGCGGCACAGGCCGCUGGCCGCCGCGGAUGCCCAAGAAGCCAAGAAGGAUAAGAGCUUCCUCUCGCUAGAUCUCAACCUCCCCGCACCGGCCGACGAGGAGCUCCACCGACCGCCUUCGCCCUCCUUCACGUUAGCCAGCAAGCGGCCGCUCAUCUUCCCGGCCCCGGUGUCGGCGUCCGCGUCCGCGUCGGCUUUGGUGGUGGACUGCCAUUACUAAGAACACCUCUCAACCAAUGGACGCCAAUCAGCUGUCCAUCAAUUCUUUCUCUGCUUCUCUUCCCUUCGAUCCAUUACCACUUGUGAUACACCGUGGCUUAUGUGAGCAAUUCAUUCCAUUUCAUUGCAAUUUAACAUUGA